AGUAGCUUUCAUUUUCGGCCCUCCACCACGUAGGUCGGAAAAAUUCCGGCCCUCGGUACCACAGAAGUUGGACAGCACUGGGAUAAGGCAUUGUUAGCAAACAGUAUAUGUAAUCUCUUUAUUGCCUGGUUAUAAUGAAUUACUUUACUUAGUACUUUAAAUAUUUGGGUAGAGACUCUGGUGGUGGCGGGUACUGCAAGUAAGCACCAAGAAAAUAAAGUAGAAGCUGCAAGCAGAGAAAAUAUAAAUUGUCGGUACGUACAGCGUCACUGAGGUUACGUAAGCGUGAAUGUGACGUUAGGUUCUCGCGAGAUUAGACUUUGGAAGUCUGAUUAGCUCUGGGACUGGAGUCGAGGAAGUGAACGGGUGCAGCAAUGGCAACCCCCUCAAACCUAGUAGCUAACCGUGGCAGGCGCUUCAAGUGGGCCAUUGAAUUUGGAAGUGGUGGAAGCAGGGGUCGUGGUGAAAGAGGGGGAUUGCAAGACAGCAUGUAUCCUGUAGGCUAUUCAGACAAACAGGUUCCAGACACUAGUGUGCAAGAGUCUGACCACAUCCUGGUGGAAAAGCGAUGCUGGGACAUUGCUUUGGGGCCACUUAAACAGAUUCCCAUGAACCUGUUUAUCAUGUACAUGGCAGGAAAUACAAUCUCCAUUUUUCCUAUCAUGAUGGUUUGUAUGAUGGCAUGGAGGCCAAUCCAGGCACUACUUGCAACACCAGCCACUUUUAAGCUUUUGGAAAGUUCUGGUCAACGUUUCCUCCAGGGUUUGGUGUAUCUGAUUGGGAACCUCUUAGGUUUGGCAUUAGCUGUCUACAAGUGUCAAUCAAUGGGCCUUUUGCCAACACAUGCAUCUGAUUGGUUAGCCUUUAUUGAACCACCAGAGAGAAUGGAGUAUACAGGAGGAGGACUCCUACUGUGAUGGAGUGAAACGUACAACAAGUUGAAACAAAAUAACCCUACUGCUGUAAAUCCCACUGUUGUCUAUUAAUAAAUUAUUAUACCUCCCAAA